AUGUCGCACCAAGACUCAGAGCCUAAAGAGGCCAUCACCAAGGAAGAGAUUCACGGGGAAGAGCCACCAAAAAAGACAAAUCGCAAUGCAUUCACAGAACUCAUGAGCCAGAAGAGGAAGACUCCGCCAUCAACUGCCUCCGCUCGUUCAUCACGGAGCGGAAACCCUUUCGGAGAUAGAAUGGGUUUGGGUGCAUACCUGGAAGACCCUGCCUCCUACCCGUCUUCACGAGUCAUCUAUCACAACGACGACUUCGUAGCCAUCAACGAUCGCUACCCAAAAGCCACCAUCCACACGCUUCUUCUCUCUCGUUCUUCAAAGUAUAAUCUUCUCCAUCCUUUCGACGCACUAGAUGACCCAGACUUCCUCGCCAGCGUGAAAGCCGAAACUGAACGUCUCAAGGCCCUAGUCGCCAAGGAACUCCAACGUCGUGUCGGCGCAAACAGCCAGAGCGAUGCGCAACGGCAAGCCGUACUCGACGGCGAUGCCGAGCCAGAAAAGAGCGGGGAACUACCCGUAGGCCGGGACUGGGCAGCAGAAGUCAAGGCCGGUGUUCACGCCGUGCCAAGCAUGAAGCACUUACAUGUACACGUCCUGUCGAGAGACAUGUUCUCGGAAGCACUCAGGCAUCGAAAGCACUACAAUUCGUUCAAUACGCCGUUCCUCGUCGACCUGGACGAUUUUCCGCUCGCAGUUGAAGAUGCGCGCCGGAAUACGAAAGAAGAAGCGUAUCUGCGGUGGGACAUGAAGUGUUGGAGGUGUGAGCGCAACUUUAAAAACCAGUUCCAGCAGUUAAAGGGACAUCUCACGGAGGAGUACGAGACAUGGAAAAGGCUCUGA